AUGGGCAAGAGAAGCCGCACAAUUGAUCAAGACAAGGAUCUUGAGGAAGCAAGAGAACCACAAGAGAUGAAUCUUUAUGAUCACUUAUCGAGUUUGUAUGAUAGUUGUAAUGGAGAGAAUGAAGAAGGAGCAAAUAAUAAUAAUAAUAACACUAUUAUUGUUCCUCCGAAUGUUAUUGUAAAGACUUCGUUUAAAGAUUUUAAUGUUCAUGAAUUUGCAGUCAAGAGAAGUGGCUUAUUUAGAACCAUGAUUGAUUCGAAUGAACAGUGGAAAUUGGGAAAAGUUGAUGAUAAAUUCAAUAUUGAUUUGACAAGUGUUGAAGGCUCUAUUUCAACAGAGGGAGAACCUUUGAAAAAAAAAGAUUUUGAAAUCAUUUUCCGAUAUUUGUAUUGUGAUGAUUUUAAUUGUUAUAUGGGUACUUCAACCUUGAAAAGAAUUAUUGACAUGGCCAAAUAUUUGGAUAUUCCCUCUCUUAUCACAAAGAUACUUGAUGGAAUUCAAUUUUCACUUAAAUAUUUCCCAAUCAAGUACUCAUUGAAAGGAGAGUUGACUGAGCAUGAGAUUGUUGAUCUAAUUUUCAAAUUAACUAAUCGAUUUAAAAAUAAUUACGGCGAAGAAGUGAAAGGAUAUUCGAAUGAACUAAUCUCAUAUAUUUGCCAACAACAAUUGGUUCCUCUAUUUAUCAAAGUUAACCUUUUACAACGUCAUUUAACACAAAAUAACAAAGGGGUUGUGAUUACAAAAGAAAUGCUGCAACCAUUUUCAGAAUGCAUCAAAAAAAUGAGAAAGGAAUCCAAAUACUUAUUACCAAACCAAUCUGAGAACAUUGACCCAACAAUGUUCAAAUUAUUGGAAUUGAAACAGCCAAAAGAAAAUCCAUGCAAACGCAAACACUAUCGUUGUGCUGAUACUGUUUAUAUUUCUAUGGGAGCAGAAGAAGACUCAGGUGAGUUUUCUUACAAAAAAAUGAAUCAAAGUGAUGCUACUAAACCACAACCUUCUUUUGGAUUCAAAUUGGGUGCAAUAAUAGUCAGCUCCUCUGUGAUGGCUUCUCUAAUAAUAUCCCGAUUCAGAGUUUGUAAUUCAGAGGCAGAAUAUUUAAUUCGGAAGAGAAUUAGGGAUGGUAAAAUAAUUGUUAGUAGGAGGGGAAUUGUUUGGCCCUUUCAAUCAUCACGAAUUAUUAAAUUGGAUCAACCUCUAUUGAAAGUAUGUGUUUCUAAUAGUAACAAUAUUAAUAAUAAAAAUAUUGGUGGAUUAAUAAAGUUUGAUUGGAAUGAAAGAGAAUUUCCGAUUGAGAGAAUGAAAGUUAGUAUUGUGGAUUAUGAAAAGAAUCGGAAAGGAUUUUUGGAAAUAUCUGAAAGGUUAUUGGAUAAAGAUGAAAAGAAAAUCUUAGAUCGAAAGGAAAUGGAAGAAUUAAUUGAGAAAGUUGUGGAGAAAUUCACAAACAUUGAUAAUAAUUUCAUGGAGGAGCUCAACAAGGACCUGAAUGAAAGAGGAUUGGAGAUAUUUUCAUUCAAUGUAAGAAAACCAAUUAAUGAACUAAUUGAAAAGGAAACAUUGAGUAAGGAAGAUGUUGAAAAAUUAAUGGAAAAGAAUGUAAAAUUGAAUGAGUUAAUAGAAAUUUCACCUCAAGAUCCAAACUCUUACAUGAAAAGAGGUAAAUUCUAUUUAGAAGAGUGCCAUUUCUACGACAAGGCCAUUGAUGAUUUCUCAACAGCUAUUGAACUCUAUCCAAACAAUUCAUAUGCCCACUUUUAUAGAGCUAUUGUCUACUACAAAUUGGGCCUCAAUUCUCCAGCUCUCCACGAUUUUACACUAGUCACCCAGAUUGAACUUUAUGACACUUCAAUCCUUCACGAAGCCAAGCAUUACCUCUCCCUCCUAACCGACCCAAGACAGAGAUAUCCCAAAUUGGAAGACAAAAAGUUCUAA